CAUGCGCACUGCGCAUAAUCUCAGCCAUUUUUUGAAGGAAACUAAUUAGCAGGAAUAAAGAGCCAAGUGUUUUUUCCUCCCCUCAGUGAUCAGAACUCAUUCUACCUCUGGAGCUCGCACAAACCCCUCCGUCCCCAUCUCUUCUGUUUACUACAACCUCUGUAUGUAGCUUUAAUUACACUGUUGUUUGGAAACAACUUGGACCCCGCUGCUCCCUCUCUCUCUCCCCCACCUUUCUUUUUCCCGAUUUUUCUCUUCUUGGCUCCGUUAAAACACAGCAAAGGAUCAUUCAUAAGGAAUGAGCGGAGACUCCAUGAGAUUGCUUUCUGGACUACUACAUAUUCAGCGCGCGGAGCUUUGUGCCGGAGUAGCUGCAGAAAUGUGGUCUGGUAAUGUGCGGCAGCUGUAGCCUUUGGUAUGGACACCAGUGAGGGAGGAGGAGGGGAUGGAGGGGGGGGAGAAGAGAGAGAUGCUGACCUCAGUCCCCAGGCUAUAUCUCUUCCUCUCCUGACCCUGGAAGUCAUUCCUGAGCAGGGGUCAUCCUCUCAUACCUCAGCUAGGACCCCUGCCAAAGAAUCCCUGACCCCGCCUCAACAGGGGAAGAAGGGCGCAGAGGGGUCCAAGGCUGGAGAGGGAGGUGAGCAGAAAGAAGAAUGCCGACAUCCGCCGGAGACAGGAGUGCAUCAAAAGCAUGCGUUUAAAGAAGACUUUGGGGAUGGAUAUUCAUCAGGGCACAGGAAAGAAGAAGAGAAGGUGCAUGAAGGUGUGGUAGAGGCAUCACAUACACGGGACCUCCCAACGGCACUCAGCAGCAGAGGCAUGGAGGAGGGGAAGGAAAAGGAGGAGGCCAUUUCAAACCAAAGUCAAACCAAAUCCAAAUGUUCUUUAUUACCUCAACAGAGCCAGUACAGCUCUUCUUCCAGCACUGCAAAGGCCAGUGGCACACUCGACAGCAAAACAGCCGCCUCUCCAAAGUCCUCCCAUACUCCCUCCUCUUGUCCAAAGCCCUUCCCUUUUUCUUCAGUCUCUCCAAAGCACUUCAGUUGUCCAUCAUCCUCUUCUGCCCUGCUGAGCGAGACAGAAUUAAAAGACAUUAAGGGAGAUCAGGGCUGGAUUUCUGGGUUUCCACAAAGCUUUAGAUCCCAGCAGUCUUCUAUGGCUUUUCCACUAGCAGGUACAGAUCCUGUUGGUGCACCUGCAGAGGAUGAUGUGCUGGCAGGGGUUCCUCACUCUUCUAUUUCUACUGGAAAUGGUGCCAAAGCUCCAGAACCAAACGACAGUCAGUUAGACACAGGGGUUGAUGAUGAAAAAGACAAAGAAGAACAAAAAGAAGGUGUCCCUAAAAACCUCAACCAAGACAUUUCUAAUAACUCCCUGACCAGUCACAUGACAAUAAUGCACUCACGCAAUUCUUGCAAGACUCUCAAAUGCCCAAAGUGUAACUGGCACUACAAGUCUCAGCAUACACUACAAGUUCACAUGAAGGAGAAACAUCCGGAGACAGGAGGCCAGUGUGUGUGUGGCACCUCUGGGGGAAAGUGUGUCUGUGGUGGCGGAACACAAGGUCUGUGUGGGUACUGCACUUCGGGAAAACCCCAUCCUCGUUUGGCCCGAGGUGAAACAUAUGCCUGCGGCUACAAGCCCUACCGCUGUGAGGUCUGUGACUAUGCUACUUCAUCGAAGGGCAACCUUAGCAUUCACAUGCAAUCUGAUAAACAUCUAAAUAAUGUUCAAAAUGGGGGACAUGCAAAUAGUCAAAUGCAAAGCACUCUCAGUACCAACAACAGCAACUCAUCCAGUGGUCACCCAGUAGAUGAGCAACCUUACAGCAAGCUCACCCUCGCUAUUCCAACAACCACAGCCCAGCCUGCUAAAAUCCCAUCACCUGCUCACUCCCACUCUCAUGGUAAGCGGUGGCGAUGUGAUGUAUGCGACUAUGAAACCAGCAUUGCUCGCAACCUCCGCAUACACACCACUAGUGAGAAACACACGCACAACAUGCUGCGGCUCCAGAGAGGGUACUACCUGUCACACUGCAGGGGUUUGGCCCCACAUCUCAAACACCUACAAAACACAGGUGCUGAGCUUACCUUGAACAUGCGACUGACUGGUCAGCAGGUUCCAGAACAACCAGUCACACUUGGGUCUACUCUCACUCCAUCACCCUCUCCCUCCCCAUCUCCUCCCCCAGCCCCGUCUAUGUCUCCUACUGCACCCCUCUCCCAGGGCGUGUUCCAAUGCCUUGUCUGCUUGUGCUUUUCUUCCGACAGCUUAGAGUCUGUAGAGAAACACCUGAAUGCUCCCCGCUCUUUGCCUCAGUCUGAGUGGUGCUCCCUUGUUGCAGGUGGUUGCCACUGCAGACUGUGUGGCUAUACCACCCCUUUGAGGGCCAAUUUCUCCUUACACUGCCAGACUGACAGACAUCGCACCAGGUACCAGCUUGCUGCUCAUCUACAGGAGGGCGGAGACAGAGGUCAGGAGGGAGCCUCCCUCAUUGCUAAGGGUAACCCCAUCCAGCUACGGUGCAACCUAUGUGACUUGGUAACAAGCAGUCUGGAGAAGCUACAGGGACAUUCUCUCACUUCACAACAUGGAGCGAGCUUUCGAGUGUACAAAUUCCUGCAGCAGUAUGAUGGCGAGGUUGAUGGAGGUUCAUGGCUGUUCCAUUGUCUUCUAUGCAACCACUCCUCCUCUUCUAAACUUCAAGUACUUAAACACAGUCAAACGUCAGCCCAUCAACAAAGAGAAGGGCUACUUCAGCUGCAGCCAAUGGGUGGGGAAGAGCUGGCAGCCAUUUUUACCAUCAGAAAAUGCCAACGUGGCAUCACAGGAGAGCUUAUUGAGGACAUGGAGAGUUUCAGCGAGAGCAGCACUGAUCCCUUGGACACAACCAAAGACACAAGUAAUUUAGGGGCAAAGAUUUCUGAGGAAGCAGCAAAAGCAAAAGAAGAACAAGAAAGAAGAGAUCCAAUGCCUCCAGCAAAGCGGUCGUCCCCUGUAUAUGAAGAAAUGGAAACCUCCAUCCCAACCAAACGCCCCAGAAUACACCAGCAAAACGAGAACCAGCAGACUGUCCAAUGCCCAUUGUGCCAGGUUAGACUCCCGUGCUCACACCUUCGACCUCAUCUAACACACGUGCACAGUGUGGCGCAAGACUGCGUAGACAAGCUCAUCAGUACGGUAACACUAUCCAUGGAACAGCUUGAGCCUCUGCUGGAGUCAGAACCACAGGAUUUGAUUACUAACAACGAUCAGAACACUAAAACUAAGAAGAGCAAUGAUGCAAAGUGCUCCCAUACUGCAGAGUCUAUUGUUUGUUCACAAAAAGAUAGAGGUAUCUUAGUAGAGAACACCGAGGGAGAUGUUGCCGCACCCAAAGAUGUCACAGCACUGCUCACCCCACCCCUAGAAGACAAUGCCAGUCACCCCUCAAAUGGCACUCUGGCUCCUCAGUCCCCAACUCAGACACCUCCUUCUUCUCCACCCAUCUCCCCUCCCAGCGACCCCUCUCCCCUAUCGGAUCGUCAUGGUUACCGGUUUCGUUGCAGCAGGUGCAGCUUGGCGUUUCCCACUCAGGAGAAGCUCCAGCUGCACUGGCAGUACCAUGCCAUGAGGGCGGCGACAGAGUGCCCCCUUUGUUCUAGACAAUGCCGCAGUCAGGAGGCCCUGCAGAGACACAUUCAAAACACGCACACGCAACAGGACAGCACACAGGGACAGAAUGCUCUCUUAGCACCACACACUGUGCCAUAUACGGAACAUAACAUGAAUUCAGUACAGCAAGAUUGCAGUUUAUCACCUCAAGUUGGGGAAGAAGCAGGAGAGGGUGAUGAUGACAAGAUAGAUGAAGAAACCCUUGGCAUUGAGGUGAGGGAAGAACAAAAAGAAGAUAAAGUUAAAGAGAAGGAGGUUGUCCAUGAAGCUAAUGAAGCUGAGGAGAAUUCAACUGAGCUUGAGAAAGGAUCACCAGAGGAGGCUUGUUUCAGAACCUAGUUCUAGCCUUCUUGUCAAGAAGAGCUCAAACCCAACAAUGGAUCGUUAUCUAGAUCCAUCCAGGCCUUAUAAAUGUACCAUAUGCUCUGAAUCUUUUACUCAGAAAAC